GAGGUGGCAACGUUUGCUCUAGGAUGUUUCUGGGGUGCAGAAUUGGCCUUCCUUCGCGUCCAAGGCGUUGUCGGGACCAAAGUCGGUUAUUCGCAAGGGAUUACUCGCGAUCCAACCUACGAAAAAGUAUGUUCCGGUGGCACUCAACAUCGCGAAGCGGUCAUGGUGGUCUACGACGCUAACGUCGUUUCGUACGCAACCUUACUGGGCGUGGCGAUGGAAAGACUCGCCGUCACGACGUCGUCCUACGAUACCUAUCGCAUGUUUGAACAGGACGAGGACAGUCGGCAGUACAAACACGGAGUCUACUAUCACAACCCCGAGCAGCAACGUCUCGCUCACGAGUUUUCGGAAUCCAGCAACAACCGAUUCGGCAUCGAGCUCCUGAUGGCUUCCACUUUUUACGACGCGGAAGAAGAUCACCAAAAGUAUCUUUACAAGGGUGGCCAGAGCGCGCGCAAGGGAGCCAAGGAAACCAUCCGGUGUUUCGGGUGA